CUGCUGCUGCUGCAUUGACUAUUUUUGUCAUCCACGUCCACGCACUGGUCGUGCAACAUGUUUGCGCGUUCAUCUCCGGCUCCGGAGCUCCUGCCUUUUCCACAGAAAAUGUAAUUACUGUGAUUUAAUUUUUUUCCACAUUUACUUCUAUUGCUAAAGUUGCAACUUGGGGCUUGGGGCUGCUGCACUUGGCCAGAUUGCAACUGCCAGUGGCAUUGCCAUUUCUGCGCGCGCAUUACAAACUUGGCUCAAAUUAAUUCUUUGAGCCCAAAUGCGAUCUGGCCAAGCUGCAGCUAAUCAAACUUUAAUCAAUGCGGCAUUUUGAUGCGACAUUGCUCGUUUCCUUUUUUUUCCAGCAGCCAGUUCCAUAGUUGGUUCGAUGGAUCGUCGGAUCGAUGGGAAAAUAUGUCGCUUGGCCGGCGAGCAAAUCUGUGUACGGCAAUGGCUAGAAAUUGUUAUUAAUCUGGAAUGGUCCAUAUGGGGAAAUAAAACGAUCGUAAACCUGGUUUGAGUAUUUCAAAUGCUUAUCUAACAAUUUCGAUAUCUGCUAAGUGCUGCAAUCAAUUAUAAUUCGUUUUUGAUUGCAACUAGCCAGCUAAUGGAUAAUUUCUUUGGUAGUCAUAGGACUAUUCAAUAAAGCAAAUAUCUAAAUUUAUUUUUUAUCAUAAUGUCAAUGGUAGUUCCAACUGGUUUUAAUUGCUAUACUUUUUUCCUCACAAGCACAGAUAAUAUAUAUUUUCAGUGUUAGAUUAUAUAUAUUGUAUGGUUUUCAGUAUCGAUAGCAUCAAUAAAAAUAAAAACGUUUCUACUCAACCGUAUCGCUUUAAAUUUCAAAGCAUGACAUUAGUAUUGAUAUGCAUUAGCAUGCCAUUUCGGUAAUUAUUAGUAAUUUAUGACAGUCUAAAAGGUUUACUAUAGAAAUAUGACGUGUUUAAGUGCUUUAUUAAAAACAUUUUCGGUUUAAGUUUACAGAUUAGAUCCGCUUUUAAGCUUUGAACUCAAAAAAACUGAGUUCUAGUAUUGUAAUACUUGCUAAAAUUUUAUAUAUAGUAUACAUAUGUGCCAAUUGAUCUUUGACAUAUUUAUAAUCGCGUGUAAUACGAAAAACGUGCAAGUUAAAUAAGAUAAGAAUCUUUAUGAUCGAAUGAUUUAUACCGACUACAAAAAUAAUACCGUUUAGCUUGAAUGUUCUAAAAUUCAUCCUUGGAUAUUUUUAUCUGAAAUUUUGAUUAACCAAAAAUAACCAACCUAAAAAUAAAUAUCGAAACAAUAAUUAAACCCCCUGGAAGCCAAUUGAAAAUAAGCCAACCAUUAAACGUACUGAUAACGAAAAGCUGUUUCUAGAUUGUUAUUGUUUUGAACUGUGGUAUAUAGUAUAAACAAGUGAUGAUUAUGAUUAUCGGCAUGAGUCUUAAUGCAAAAGUUUUGUAAAAGCUCAGUGACGGCGAAAAUUCCGGGUAGAACGGAUCAACCAAAGAACAUUCAAAUAUGUGGAUCGCUUUGCUGGGAACCCCACUUCUUUUGGUGGCCAUUUGGGUCCUCCUAAAACAUCUAAAUAAAACGUAUUUUGUUCUCUCAUUAUGUAAACGAGUGCAAACAGAGGAUGGCAGUCCAUUGGAGAGCAAAGUGGCCAUAAUGCCAGGAAAAACAAGAUUCGGCAACAACUUGGAUAUUCUCAACUUUACACCUUCAAGUGUUUUUAACUUUGUACGAGAGUCCACUGCCAAAGCAAAAGGUCAGAAUUUUCUGUGGUAUUUCUUAUUCGCUCCCAUGUACAAUGUCGUUCGGGCCGAGGAAGCUGAGGAGAUUUUUCAGAGCACCAAGCUGAUAACCAAGAACGUGGUCUACGAACUGAUUAGACCGUUCCUGGGAGACGGCCUUCUGAUUAGCACAGACCAUAAAUGGCACUCCAGAAGGAAAGCUUUGACGCCAGCCUUUCAUUUCAAUGUUUUGCAAUCUUUCCUGGCCAUUUUCAAAGAAGAGUGUAAUAAGUUCAUCAAAGUUUUGGAUAAGAAUUUAGAUGGCGAACUGGAUCUUAACCAAGUUAUCCCCCAAUUUACUUUAAAUAACAUUUGCGAAACUGCUUUGGGCGUAAAGUUGGAUGACAUGUCGGAGGGUAAUGAAUAUAGAAAGGCAAUUCACUCCAUCGAAGAAGUUCUGAUACAACGCGUGUGCAAUCCUCUGAUGUAUUACAACUGGUAUUUCUUCCUUUACGGAGAUUACCGCAAGCACUCGGACAAUCUUAAGAUAGUUCACGACUUCUCAAGUCGGAUUAUCCAACGCAGAAGGCAGCAGUUCAAGCAAAAGAAACUUGAAGAAGUGGAUGAAUUUGGCAAGAAGCAAAGGUAUGCGAUGUUGGAUACUCUUUUAGCAGCCGAAGCAGAAGGUCAAAUCGACCAUCAGGGAAUCUGCGAUGAGGUCAACACCUUUAUGUUCGAGGGAUACGACACCACCUCAACCUGUCUGAUUUUCACCCUGCUCAUGUUGGCUCUUCACGAGGAUGUCCAACAGAAAUGUUUUGAGGAAGUGGAAAACCUUCCCGAGGACAGCGACGAGAUCACAGUUUUCCAGUUUAACGAACUGGUUUACUUGGAGUGUGUGAUCAAGGAAUCUCUGAGGAUGUUCCCCUCAGUUCCAUUUAUUGGUCGUGAGUGCGUGGAGGAGUGUGUGGUGAAUGGAAUGGUUAUGCCCAAGCUGACCCAAAUCAGCCUCCACAUCUACGACAUCAUGAGGGAUCCCCGUCACUUCCCCAAACCAAAUAAGUUUGAUCCAGAUAGAUUUCUCCCAGAGAACACCGUGAAUCGUCAUCCUUUCGCCUUUGUGCCUUUUAGUGCAGGUCAAAGGAAUUGCAUAGGUCAAAAGUUCGCCAUCCUGGAGAUAAAGGUUCUCCUAGCUGCAGUUAUCAGGAAUUUCAAGCUGAUUCCCGCCACUCUUUUGGAGGAUCUCACAUUUGAGAACGGAAUCGUACUGCGUACCCAGGAGAAUAUUAAAGUGAAAUUGGUGAAAAGAGUCAAAUAGUGACAUAAAAAACUGAAGAAAAAUGUUUACCAAAGAUGUCUUAUUUUGAGAAAUGUUAAAACAAAAUAAAGUCAGCAAAUGUUUUCCUGUAA